AUGUGUUCAUAUCUGUAUGUCGAGUGCUCAGAAUUGAAUGCAUGUGCAGCUGAUAAUCGAACAUGUUGGGAACCUGAACAUAAAUGUGUAACACAUCCACGUUGUCAUAAUGUUCCAUUGUGUUAUCCAAUGGACAUGGCCACAGAAACCAUAUGUCCACCUAUAUUGACAACAACAAGUAAUUCUUCAUUACCUCAUGAUGGAAUAUGCGCGAAAUCAAAAUGGAACCGAGCAGGUGAUAUUGUAGCUGGAGGAGACUAUGGGUCGAAUCUGGAUCAACUCAUGGCUCCUCAUGGUAUGUUUGUAGAUGAUGAUGAUGCGAUCUAUGUUGCAGAUGGUGCAAAUCAACGAGUGAUUAAAUGGGUACCUGGAGCGACAACUGGUCAAGUGGUAGCCGGUGGUAAUGGAAAAGGUAAUAACAGUGAUCAGUUUGAAUUUGUAACAAAAGUUGUUGUUGACAAAAAUGGAACCAUGUUUAUAUGUGAUAAUUAUAAUUUUCGAGUACAACGAUGGUUUAAAGAUGCUAAGCAUGGAGAAACAAUUGUCAACGAUAUUUUAUGCUAUGGAUUAGCGAUAGAUAACGAAGGAUCAUUGUAUAUAUCCGAUAAAGCUCAUAAUAGUGUAGUCAAGUGGCCUGGUAACCAAACAGUUGCCGGUGGAAAUGGACCAGGAUUUGAUCUGAAUCAAUUAAACGAUCCCAAUCAUUUAUUUGUCGAUAAGAAUAAGUCAGUAUAUGUGGCUGACAAUUUUAAUUAUCGGGUAGUAAAAUGGCCGGCUGGUGCUGAAGAAGGCAUUGUUGUGGCUGGUGGUAACGAACAAGGAUCUGCCAAGGAUCAAUUGAGUACACCACAGUCGGUGGCUGUUGAUGAUUCUGGCACUGUCUAUGUUCUUGAUUACGGUAAUGAUCGAGUAACGCGUUGGUUUGAAGGUUCUACAUCAGGUAAUAUUAUCCUCGGUCGACCAGGAUGGGGUGAUGACACAUCUUAUGUAUAUCGUGCAAAUGAUUUGGUAUUUGAUCGGCAUGGAAACUUGUACGUUGUCGAUAAUUCAAAUUCUCGCAUUCUUAAAUUUACUAUCAACAAAAGUGCUUGUUCGGCAGGUAAAUUUUAA